AUAUGCGCAGAGAGUGUAAGUUGUGACUAGUGAGUGCGACAUUUUGUGGACAGUAGAUUUUAGUUUGUGAAGUUUUGGGUUUCUUCGGAGAUCCAAUGUGUAUUGUGUUGUUAUAAAUACUAAAAAACUUAAAAAUGACAUCUAACAGUUCGAAACUAUCAACAACCGAACGAGUUAUUAAAAGUGUCCCUUUUCCGCCAAGUCACAAGUUAACCAUAUCGGAAGUGUUCGACAGCCGUAGUGGCAAGCCUCGGCCCGAUGUGCUCAAGCAACACUUUAUCCUCGAGGGCCGAAUAGACGAAGCAGCGGCCCUCAAAAUCAUCAACGAUGGCGCACAACUUCUACGCUCCGAGAAAACUAUGAUCGACAUCGAGGCUCCAGUCACAGUGUGUGGUGAUAUCCAUGGACAGUUCUAUGACCUGAUGAAGCUGUUUGAGGUCGGAGGUCCACCGGCCAGUACCAAGUACCUCUUCCUGGGAGACUACGUAGAUAGAGGAUACUUUAGUAUAGAGUGUGUGUUGUACCUAUGGGCACUAAAGCUGUGUCACCCAACCACGUUAUUCCUGUUACGAGGAAACCACGAGUGUAGACAUCUUACGGAAUAUUUUACGUUUAAACAAGAAUGUAAAAUAAAAUACUCGGAGCGAGUGUACGACGCGUGUAUGGAUGCGUUUGACUGCCUGCCUCUCGCUGCCCUGAUGAACCAACAGUUCCUGUGUGUACACGGUGGACUGUCACCGGAGAUACACAACCUGGACGACAUUAGGAAGCUGGAUCGGUUCAAGGAGCCCCCGGCGUUUGGACCGAUGUGUGACCUGCUGUGGUCCGAUCCCCUUGAGGACUUUGGCAACGAGAAAAACGCGGAACAUUUCAGUCACAACAGUGUACGGGGCUGCUCCUACUUCUACAGUUAUGCUGCUUGCUGUGAUUUUCUCCAGAAUAAUAACUUGCUGUCCAUAAUAAGGGCUCAUGAAGCACAGGAUGCUGGAUAUCGAAUGUACAGGAAAAGUCAAACGACAGGCUUUCCGUCUCUCAUCACUAUUUUCUCAGCACCAAAUUAUCUGGAUGUAUACAAUAAUAAGGCUGCUGUGCUGAAGUAUGAGAACAACGUGAUGAACAUUCGUCAGUUCAACUGCUCCCCUCACCCCUACUGGCUGCCCAACUUCAUGGACGUCUUCACCUGGUCUCUGCCCUUCGUUGGGGAGAAAGUGACGGAGAUGCUGGUGAAUGUACUCAACAUUUGUUCCGAUGAUGAACUCAUGUCUGACGGCGACGACGCUCUAGAAGAAGCCAAAGUAAUAAUUAAACAAAAGAAUGCAGCUAAUUUGCGGAAAGAGGUAAUUCGCAACAAGAUCCGAGCUAUUGGAAAGAUGGCUCGUGUGUUCUCCGUACUCAGGGAGGAAAGUGAAAGUGUACUGCAGCUGAAGGGACUGACUCCCACCGGCUCACUGCCCCUCGGCGCCCUCUCUGGUGGCAAGACAUCACUGAAAAAUGCAUUGCAAGGGUUCUCUCCAAACCACAAGAUCACAUCAUUCGCAGAGGCUAAAGGUCUGGAUGCUAUCAACGAGCGCAUGCCGCCGCGCAAGGACGCAGCACCGACCCCUGUGUCUGAGGAGAAACCCCCACCGUCUGCCCCUUCCCCCACCCAGCCACCACCGUCGGCCCCUGCCCAGUCUAACAGCGCACACUCAUGAACUCACUAUACAUAUUACUAUUCAAGAAUUCUCAUUUGUCGUGGCGGGAAGAAGAUUCAGUUGUUUCCGUUGGACCCGAUUUUUUACGUCAUCCAUCUACGCCCCAACCCAACUACUAACAGUCGGAUUUCAGUUGUGUGAGAGCGCGGCUGCUGACAGCUGGCUGUCUGUGGCGAUGUCGUGAUCAGCUGGCCUGGUCACCUCUCUCGGCACCACCUCGACACUUCCUGUGAUAGCGAUCUAGUCACCAACGCCCGCAUCCUAAGUUUCAAAGUUAUUUUUCUAAAUUUCUCUUUGUGAAAUAUGUGUUCUUUUGAAUGACAGAUAGAAGAAACUUAAUUUUUUUAUUCAUACCAAUUUUUAUAUCUUUUUAAUAUUUUACUCAGUCUAUAAGAAGCAGGAUAAAACUCGGUUAUAGGUGUAAUAUUUCCAAGUGAAAGCAUGUGAAAUGAGGUUUUACUACGCUUUGUAUGUAUUCCCAUUUGAAAGCGUAAAACGCGGGAUUCAAGCAUAUUUUUUGUUGUCGAGGUGGCACCUCUGAGCUUGCUGUCGAGAGAGUGAGGCUGUCUGUGAAGUUGGUCACACUGUUGUGCACAUUUCGAUUUCUCGGUGUUAGAAUUUAACUUUUAGUCAAUUAAAUUUAAAAUGAUUCAUUCUGUAUAUACUGUUAGAACAGCAUUUCUUUCCUACACCUACCGUAGUGAGCACAUGUCGAAGACUGUCCCCGACCUACCCUGUACUGGAGUAUCUGUUUUCAGAGAGAGAGAAUGCUAUUCUCAAUAUAUACUUGGCUAAGGAUGUUGUAUUGCUAAAAGAUUAAGAUUUAGUCAAAACCGUAUUAUACCCUCACAAGUUUACAGAACCUUUGUUAACAAAGAUUAUUUAUUUUUUUACUAAUUUCUUUCAGUAAUUUAUUGUUAUACAUAAUUUCUCUCUAUACUGUUGUUGAAGAGUGGAGCGUAUUCGUAACCAUAAGAUGGAUAUGCUUAAAGCGUUGGAAAAGGAUUGUUUAACGAUAAAUUUGCAUGUAAGAUGCCGCUUUAAAAUUUAAUGCUGAUAUAAUUUUUAUCUGUUUAUUGUUAAGUUUCUAAUAUUUUAUUUUAGCAUAAGUUAAAGUUAAUUAUAUUUAUUGAAGUCUACUUAACAUCUUACUGUGCAAUUUGUACUGUUUAAAGUAUACAAUGUAUUUAUACUCAUGUUUACUCAGAAUGCUAUUACACCAUAAAUUCAUUCGCAUGUUUAGACUGUUUAAACUGUUUAAACUUACCUGUUUUUACCUUGUUUUAUUACUGAUUCAGUUAAAACACUUUACAACAACUGGAUAAUUUUGACACGUAACAUUGUUUAGUCAAUGAGUAAAAAAUGUAACCUCUGUACUUUUACCGAUUUCUAAAUGUUAAUUUUAUUUUCAUCAUCUGUCUCAGUACAAAUUUUUGAAAUCAAAUCCGUACGGAUAAGUCAAGAGGCGUACUCUGCUUGUAUAUAAAAGAUUUUUGGUUGUGUAUAUACUAUUGUAUAAUGUGUGUUAUUAUUUGUGAUUAAAUUAUAAAUGUGAUUAUUCCCACGUUUUGUCCUUCACGUUUUGUUACUUAUUUUAGAUUUUUGUAAAUAACAAGUUGUUUAUAAGUAGUUGAGUAGUUUGUCAGUUCAUUUUUGUUCAAGGGUUGCCAUAUCCCCGAUUGCGUUACACAAGAAGUCCGUGAAUUGAAGGUUUUAACAAUACGUCGAAAGACAAGGUCUGUUUGUUAUUAAUAUUUUUCAAGUUUGUGUUAUAUAUUUUUACCACUUGUUAGUGUUUUACGAUGGGUCAAGUUACUUAAUUAUUGUACAAUAGUGAGAGUGCAGUAAUAGCUUAGGGCCUUCUUAUGCUCUCAUUCUCUCUCUCUCUCUUUAUCUCUUACUCUCUCUUGAGUCUCUCACACAUUUCCACUUCAACUCGUUAACAUUUAUUUUCCGAUACAGAUAUGAUCGUUUCACAAUUCACCCCUUCUACAUUGUCCACAAAAGACAUCCAUAUUUUCUCAUUUAUGUACUCUUUACAAUUCUUUUGGAUUUUGAUGUUGUUGUGAGAAGCUGUAUUUUUCCCAAAAAUUACAUGAUCAUCUUGGUGUUGUACGUAUUGUUGUCGCUUCCAUGCACUCUCUCAUUUAUUACGAUAAUAGCGUUUGCCGUUACUACUGUUUAGUUGGUAUUUUUUAUCGAUAAGGUAGGUUUUUUAUCGAUCAACUUAUCAGCGCAGUAUGCGAAGGUUGUUGUUAAGCUUUGGACUGUAAAUAUCGACUUGCAAUUGUGAUUUCAUCCCCAUUGAAAUGGACGUCGCUUAAACACCCCUUCUCUAGCUUAUAUAUCUCACUACUUUCUGAAUCUUGUUAUAACUAUCUCAUUAUAUUAUAACAAUAUUGAUAAUAUACGAUUUUACUAAUAAACAGACAUUGAAGAAUCGUAACUAUUAUGACGCUUGGUUAUGUAAUACAUAACAAAUAUUAUCUAGAAAUUUUAACUGUAUUGUUUACAUUGAAGCUGUGCGAUGUGGGUCCUUUCCUUGAUUGAAAUGUUCCCCACCAUUUUGUGUUUCUAUUGAAAUAGUGAAUGUUUUUUUGUUCCUAACACAUGAAAAGUUUGAUUGUCAAAGAAAUGUUGUCUUUUUUACCGUUAUUAAAACUCAAUUGGUUUUUUUGAGGUAUCAAAAACCUAUUCCUUGUUUUUAAAGAGGAUCUCAUAAUUGUUCGACAUAUCAAGUCUAUUUGACCACAUUGGACAGCUUCACGGAUAUCAUUGUGGUACUAUGAUUAUUUAUUUAUAAUGGAAAAUAAAAAAGGUAAUCCUAUGUAAAUAGAAGGUAAGUGUACAUUUCCCAUAGCUAGCAACGCUCCACUAUGUGUAUAUUAUAUAUAAAUAUAUCUUGUGCCCCGGCACUCGUUUGUUGAAACUGUUCGUUACUUCGUUCUACUGUAGGAAUAAUUAUCAUUAUUUUUAUAGCCUUUUAUUAUUAAAUAUAUUCGUAAAUAUGUGAAAAGAUCUAAAAGUAUUAUUUGAUUGAAAAUCGUCUAAAAUAUUUCUGACUCUUUUGAGCUGGUGGUGUAAUUCUGUCUUGUUUCGGCUUUACUUUGGCGUUAUUUUCCGUCCUGUCGUAGUCGUCUUGUUUCACCAGAGCGUGUGGCUGAUAGUCGGACUGUAUGAUACCAGAUACUAUUGUCUCCUCUGUAUAUUACUGGACACCUCCAGUCUCCAGUUCCACUCUCGCCUUCUAAUAUAAAAGUCACAUUUAUUUAUAAUUUUGUAUAAAUAAACUUUUGUGUAUUAUUCCAAAAUGUGUCGUAGUUUUCAUAUUAAGUACAGACAUACAAUUUUAAUGGAUUAUAUUUAUAAAUAUAUAACAUUAUACUGUAAAUAUCUACGACUUGAGUGCCAUCGCCCUUUUCCUUCUUUUCAUAUUAUUAUCCAUUACAAUUAUUAUUAAAUUAAAGUAAAAUGUGAACUCUUCACUGUACCCUCUGAUGAUGAGUUGCAUAUUUGUUGAUAUAAUAAAUUAUUAAAACUUU